CCCUUUUGUUAAAAGUAAAAAAUUUCGCAAGCUUUUAGCGCCCUACCUCUGUAGCGUGUGGGCGCGCGCUUAGAUAACGCUCCCGCGUACAAGUGUCCCAUUCACGAGUCUCAUCGUGAAUCAUGCGCCAGAUAACGGGCUCUAUCAGUUUUCCAAUGUGAAGCAAUGUUUAAAACAACAAUAACAAAAAGAAUAAUUUGCAAAGCAACAGCAAAAGUCUACACAGCACACGAAUUAAUCUAAAUUGUCACACUUGCGCCAGUGAAGAAUUAUAAAGCUUAUAAAACCAACAACAACUACUAGGCGACUACUUUAUUGCACCGUUUUCUUUGUUAAAUAAUUUGAUAUUUUUUCAAACAAUUUUGAUUGCUUUUUGUGUUCAGUGAAUAGAAAAUUAACAGAAAAAUAAAUAAUUAUUUUGUUUCCAAACUUGAUUGGAUUUGAUUUUGUGUUUAAUUUUUGUGAAAAUUUUUGUUUGUUCUCUUUUAUGCGCGAAGCGGUGGACAAAUUCGAAUCCAAAUUCCAAUCCAAGCCAUCAGAUCGGCAACUGCAAGACAGAUAUAGACGUGAGCAAAACAACAACAACACUGGGCUAAAUUUGGCCAAAAUAUUUAACUGGAGCAAAAGCAAUAAAAUAAAAUACAUAUAUCUAAUUAAUAACAAUGUAAUUAAAAUUCAAGAAAAAAUGUUUGUGUAUAAUCUAACCACAUUUGUUAGUGUAAAAUUUCGUGCAAAAAAUUAUAACUGUGUUUCUGCGUGCAAGAAAAAAAUGUUUGUUCUAUAAAAGUGACCCGUCUAAAUCGACUAAGCGAUUACGAAUCCAAUCUACGACGUUUCACAAUUUAAACCCGACUAAAUAACCAACUAACUAAUUAACCUUUAACUACUGAAGUUAUUAAACAAAACAUUAAAAGCAUGACUGAGGAGAACAACAACAACAACCUAACUAAAAUCAAUCAAAACAAGACAAACAGCCAAAAACUGGACGACACUGGUGGUAGCGGCAGUGGUGGUGGCACAGGCAAUGGAAGUGAUAACUGCCCAAGUGCCGUCACCAUAAAAUUCCACACAGAUCUGGAAAUAAAGAAGAAGCUGGCACCCACUCUAACUAUCAAUUCAGACACUGAGGAGGGAUUUCUUUCCACCUUGCCGGACAGCAAUAACGGUGAGCAACUCCUGCAUAACAAAUCCACUAGCAGCAGCAGCGGCGUCACACUAACAGCAACCACAAUUGCGGACACAAUGGCCACGCCGUUGCCACCGCCGGUUUGUCUCUGCACGAAUACAGAGAGUUGUUUGACGUUGAAAAACAUUUUAGACUCUUUUAAGUCACCUCUCUCAGAGGAGCAGGCCUGGUCGCUGCUUUACCAAUUCAUGAUGCUCUAUCGGCGUAUGGCUGCUGCUGGGCAGAGGCAUAUUUUCAACGAUCUGGAAAUACCAGAUGGCAUUGAGAAUUUGAGCUUACAGCGCGACGGUGCAGUGCAUUGCUCGUGGACGGAUGAGGAGCGCAAGGAGAAGGAGCAGAAAUUACAGCGGGAAAAGGAGCUGCAAAGGCAGCAGGACAAAGCGUCGUCUUCGGAGGAGGAGGCGAAUUCAGAGCCACAAGGUGA